GGGGAUGCAGUCAGAGGACAAAGGACAGCAGCACAAGCUGCAGGUUAUUUUCAGCAUAAGUUCAGUCAGACACUGAAACAGGACCCAGAGAGGCUGUGGGACCUCUGUCUAUGGAGAUACUCAGAGAUGGACUGGAUGAAGCCCAGAGAAACAUGAUUUAGCCCUGAAGUAAGUCCUGCUUUGAGCAGUAGAUUGGACCAGACUCCUCCACAGUCUCAUUCCAGCCUGAAUUAACUAUGAAAAAUACACUCAGAGAAAGCCACUGCCACUCAUCCCUGCCAAGGUGGCAUCCCUGGCUUUGUUUUGGGAUGAUGAGCCAUGGUUGUCAGGGAGGUUGCCAGGGAGGCUGACAUCAGACAUCCCUUCCCUAUAGAUUAUCGUGCACAGCAGCACCAACAGUUCUGAAUCUGCAAAUGAGUCGGGAGGGCGCUCAGGGGAAGCCCCAGAGGGGUCUUGCAUCACUGGCCCAGGUUGCCUAGCACUGCUGGGACUGUGGAGACAGGACACCAGCUCCAGGGGCCUGUCUGAUCUUUCCUGCUCCUAUCUGAGAGCCGCACACUGCUGAGGACAGAGCAGAGGAGCAGCCGGGGGAUGGCAGCCGAGGCAGGGAUGCUUGAGCUGCCCUUCGCCUGCGACGAGCAGCUCACCCGGCGCAUGAGGCUGCGGUUCCAGAGCCUGCAGCAGAAGAACGGGAGGCCCCAGGAUGGUGAGAAGCUGCUGCGUCCCAAUGAGCACAUCUACCGAGUGGAUUUCAUCCAGCAGCACAAACUGUGCUUCCUCCGCUGGGACGUGCAGCUGGACAGACCUGGGAAGGUCACGGUGACGGGCACCUCCCAGCACUGGACUCCUGAUCUCACCCACCUGAUGCAGCGGCAGCUGCUGGAGCCAGUGGGCAUCUUCUGGAAGAAGCUGGGGGCCAAGGAGGUGGAGUGCAAUGAGGCGGAUGCCCAGGAAUUUGGGGAGCGGAUAGCAGAAUUAGCCCAGAUCCGCAAGGUGAUGUAUUUCCUCCUCACUUUCACUGGCGGCCUCGAACCAGCUCAGCUGAAAGCCUCCAUUGUUUUUAAAGUCUGAUCCCCUCUUGCUCAGCUUUUCUCACUUCAGCUAUGCUUCUUUCAGUUCAGUUCUUUGUUCCAUU